GCUCAGUGUUUAUUUUUUAAGUUAUUCGUUGAAAAAAAUAAAUAGCGAACGGUUUUUCCUCUUUUUUUCAGCGUUUAUCCAAGCAUCACAUGAUCCUUUAAUCUUCAGUGUAUUUCCGCCUUCACGUCGGCCGAGCUGUUAUCAAUGACUUCCAUGGAGGCGAGCGAGCAGCAUCGUUUCUGCUUCCACCAGGAUGCCUUCUGCUCCGGGUCAAUGAAGCCCUAACGCCCCGGCGGCAUCUCCCGUCCUCCGCCGCUUCUCAUCCAUCACCGAAGCCUUCCGUCGAGCAGCCAACGCGGCCGAGCUGGGGGGGAAUCCGGGCAAAGGGAGCCGCGGCGCCGCGCACCGGACAACGGACACCCCGCCGCGUCGAGGCAACAACAGCGGCAUGCUCACCCGGGUCAAAUCGGCCGUGGCCGGGUUUAUGGGCGGAAUCAUGACCGGGGGCGGCUCCGGAGGAGGAGGUGGGAAUUCAGGUUCGGAUUUACCGCUGAAAUUCCCUUAUAUGAGACCCGAGUUUCUGGGUCUGUCUCCGGAUGAGAUCGAGUGCUCCGCCGACCACGUAGCUCGGCCCAUCCUCAUCUUAAAGGAAACCAGGAGAUUACCGUGGGCCACCGGAUACGCUGAGGUGAUCAAUGCUGGUAAGAGUGCCCUGAAUGAGGACCAAGCCUGCUGUGAGGUGGUGGUGGCUCGAAGGAGACCAAUGAGCUACUGCCCCCCCUCCACGCCCAGCAAGACCCCUACUGCCAAAAGACGCAACUCCCUACCGAAUGGAGAAGGCCUAGGACUCCGGCUGGAGCACAACAGGACCUGCGAGGACAGCGAAGGGCUCGUUUUCCACUACUGGGCCUUGUUCGAUGGUCACGCCGGUUCAGGUGCAGCAGUCGUUGCCUCCCGACUGCUCCAGCACCACAUCGCCUUUCAGCUUCAGGUCGUCAUCGAGAUCAUACGCAACCUCCAUGCUCUCCCGCCUGCGGUGAUGGGGGAGGAGCCUGAUAAUACCCCCUACCUACAAGGAAACACUCCAGGCCCUCACCGCGCCCUGACCCGGGCGGCUUCACUGCGCGGGGCCUCGGGUGCUCCGAGCUCCCCUAGCAACACCCCGCCCCCGCCGCGCUUCUACACGGAGAAGAAGAUCCAGCAUGAGAGCCUGGUGAUCGGAGCAAUAGAGAAUGCCUUCAAAGAGAUGGAUGUCCAGAUCGAGAGGGAGAAGCACGUUUACAACAUCAGUGGAGGUUGUACGGCACUCACCGUGGUGUACCUGCUGGGGAAGCUCUAUGUUGGGAAUGCAGGUGACAGCAGAGCCAUCAUCAUCAGAAACAAUGACAUCAUACCCAUGUCUGCAGAGUUCACACCUGAGUCUGAACGACAACGACUCCAGUUUCUGGGUUACAUGCAGCCUCACUUGUUAGGGAACGAGUUCACACACCUGGAAUUCCCCCGCAGAAUUCAGAGGAAGGAAGUGGGCAAGAGGAUGCUGUACAGAGACUUCACCAUGAGUGGAUGGGCAUACAAGACUAUUGAAGACGAAGAUCUCAAGUUCCCUCUGAUAUACGGGGAAGGAAAAAAGGCACGGGUUCUGGCUACCAUCGGUGUGACCCGUGGGCUAGGGGACCAUGACCUCAAAGUUCACGACUCCAACAUUUACAUCAAGCCGUUCCUUUCCUGUUGCCCCGAGGUGAAGGUGUAUAAUCUGAUGCAGCACGAGCACGGGGCUGAUGAUGUUCUGGUGAUGGGAACCGACGGCCUCUGGGACGUCCUGUCCAACGAGGAAGUUGCAGAAUCAAUAACAACCUUCCUGUCCAACUGUGACCCUGAUGAUUUACACAGGUAUACGAUGGCAGCGCAGGACCUGGUGAUGCGAGCGCGUGGCGUGUUGAGAGACCGAGGAUGGAGGAUCACCAACGAGCGUCUGGGCUCCGGAGAUGACAUCUCAGUCUUCAUCAUACCUCUGAUGUACGGUAACCGCGUGCCCUGUGAGCCUGGCUUCAAAGAACUGAAGGGCCUCCUGGACUCAAAGACCCAAUGAUAUUUUCUUCUUCUUCUUCUUCUUCUCAACCGAACCCUUUCUUCCUUUUGUAAAUCCCUUCCUUAGACAUGCGUGAAGGAGAAUCCUGAUUCUGUCGGUGCUUUGAUUCUCUGUAUUGUUCAGGAAGGUCUGGUCAGACAUCAAAACAUCACAAUGUGUGUCAAAAUCAAUGCUGGGAAACUGAAAAAAAAGUUUUAACAUUUGCACUAAUUAAUUCUGCAAAGUGAUUGAUGCAGCUUUUCCUGAACAUCUGCAGAGAUCUGAAAGCUAAAAUAAAGGAAUGUUUGUAAGAAGUAAAGAAAAGUCACCACCUGUUUCCUCUUGACCUCGUUUGUAGUCCGAAUGCUCUUCCUGUUUUUGCUCCUAUCCUGUAUAUUUAUCGGAUUUAAGAAGAAAUACCUCCGUCUCGUGAACAUGGACCAAGCUGACGGGUCAGCUGCGUUUCUUCCAUUUCGCCACAGUGUGGCUUCAAAGGGUCAGUUGCUGAUGAACGGCUCCCAGCUUGCCUGGAAAAAAUGGAGGAAUGGAUGAGGGCAGAAAUAAUGGUUCAUUAAUAACAUUUCAUUGACUAGCAGUAGGAAGACCGUUCGAUGGGAUUCGUUAAUAGGUUUUGGUUGAUAAGUGGUAAAAAUGUUCUGUAGAAAAUGUAACCCUGACCCUUAAGAGAAAAGUCUGAAUCAGCUGGCUGUACCUCAGUAGUCGCACUUUAUUUGCCGUAAUUCGCAAAAAAAUUGACAGAAAGGAGGAUUAAACAGUUAAAAAAUUCUGAAACACAAUCAAGUUUGACAAAAACAGUAAUCUGAAAGCUUUGUAGUUUUUUAAUCUGCAUGCUGGGAUGUUAUAGGACGAUGCUGCCUCAGCAGGGAAUGAAACCGUGUGGAUGUAGUUUGUUUUUAUCAGGACAUGCAGUAACUUGUAGGCCUGGGAUGAGCAACGGUGCAAUGGUUUAAACUGCUGUUUAUGAGCUUUUAUUUACGUCAUGUUUUGAAAGAUUUGUGAUAUCGUUGUUUGUAAAUGUGCAAGAAGCCGUUUUGUUUUCACAAGUAUUAGGACAUGAAAAGUUAAAGAGGGAAAUGAAAUGGACCAAUGAUAUUCACAGAUUAGUUUAUUUGUUUUGUUUUUAUUUAUUUUCAAGGCUUCAGAAAGAGAUGAGGUCAGCUUGCCUAAGAUACCAAAAGUAUGAGACUAGGAUCAUCCCAAUGUUCAAGAACAAUAUCUUGCUUGUUUUUGUAAUAUAAUGCAGCCCUGUUGAACACAAAAAAACAUAAGCCCAUGGAUAGCUUAAAAUAGUAUUUGAGUUUUAUUAUUUAAAAUAUGGCAUGAAAAACCUUAAAGAGCAAGUCACCCCAAAUCUAUUUUUUUUCCUGAUAAACUAUAUAAAUGUGUGUCUAAUCGUGCUGCAGACACGUGAAGUCAAUAGUUUUGCACUUUAGUGCAUUUUAGUUAAAAUUUUAAUUUUCUGCCUAAAACUGUGUGUCGUGCCGUUGUCAGGUAAAAACUGCACUGCAUUUGAAUUUAAAUCUGCCAUCGCUAUUGGCUAAGAGCCAGGUACCCUAGAAUGUUAGCUGGUGCCAUAUGAUGUCACAAUGUCAUUGUGUGUGUGUGUGCAUGCGUGCGUGCAUGCGUGCGUGCGUGUGCGUGUGUGUGUGUGUGUGUGUGUGUGUGUGUGUGUGUGUGUAUUUGUUAGCGUCUCCGCCCUCUCGGUCUGCUAGGCAACAGCAUUUGCUGCAUUUAUCAAACAAGAAGGGAGAGAAGUAAUACUCUGGUAGGGGAUGCCUUGCUCUUUAAAGAGGGACUGCACACCAUCAGAAAAUGUAACUCCACCCCUAGCCAAGAUUUGAAAAAUGCUGUGGAAGUGAGCGUAGCCAGGAGGCACAGAGUGGCAUGGCCAAGUGUGGGGAAUUUCCACCCUGGGAGGGAGGGGGAAUGGGAGGAGUCUGUACCGAUGAUGUGAAAUUGUACCAGCCUCAGUCAAUCACAAAUUUAAAAUGCAGUAGCUGCUGUUCUGCCACAAGGGGCAGCACUAAGAUGUUUUAAGACCUAGAUUCUAAAUUUAAUCAAGUUUACACAAACAUGUCCAAAAAUGCACAGAAACAGAAAGAUUGCAUUUGUAAAGACCCAGUUAUACAGUUAAUAAGCAAAAUAAAAAUGGGUUUGGUUACUUUUUAACUUGUCACCAAUACUAAAGAAAAAAAUUUCUUUACGUUGAUAUGUUGAUUAAAGUGACGGAGUGUUUUUUCCCAGGCGACAGAGGGAAGUGCAUACCUAAAUCAUUACAAGCAAGAUGUAUUUUUGUGUUCGAGUAAGGUCCUGCCAACAGAUGGCCAUUAGAGUCAAAAAAACCCUUGAAACGCAAUUUUCGUACGAUUACUUUCUUAGAUCGUUCAACCACAUUUUUCAACAACUUGGCAUCAUUUAAUUCAUUUUUAACAGCAUUUCGAUGGAUAUUUUUAGAGAUUAAUGGUAAAAAAAAUCUACACAUUAUCUCUUGAAAUUAUCUAAUUGCCGUGUUCCUCCUCAUGCAUCAAAUUCAGGUAUUGAUCCCUUUGAUGAUUUCCAAUAUUAAAUAAAAGACAUCGUUUAAAAAAAUAAACUAAAAGAAAUGGUAUCUUUUACAUUUUUAGAACUCCAGACCCCUCGAAAAGGAGACUUUUACAAUCCGAGGCUUUCCUAAAACCAGCCAAUCAAGCAAAGUGGAAUAAAACAUUAAGAUGACAUCAAAACAUAAGUUAAUGAUUGUGAGUUUAAACACUAAUAUGUACUUGGGUGGAGUUGUAGAAUCAGUAAUGUGCAGGAAAUAAUUUCCCUUUUUUAGUGAAUAUGCAUGUUUAAUCAGAUCAGAAGGCUUUAAUUGUAUGAGUCUAUUGAUUUUAUUGAAGAAAUGUAUUUAUGUUCAUUUUCUUUCAUUUGCACUGCUUUACUUUAGGAGUUAUGUCUUUUAACUUUAUUAAACAGUCUGUCAAGGACAAAGAACUAAAUGUCCUCCUGUCUGUACAGGUGGUUAGCACCCAGCUAGCUCAGCCUAGCCUAGCUUAGCAAAGAGCUGUCAGUGUUCCUGGGUCAACAAAGUCAUUAGUGUGUUACACGUUCACUAACAUUUUAGGUUCUGUCCUUUAUAAAAUGUUUUAAUUAUUUAAUGGGUUGAAUUUAAAUGCUGUUGCACAAGGUAAAGGUAAACUUAGGCUGUGUCCAAAUUCAGGGGCUGCAUCCUUUGAAGGCUGUUUUUGAAGGUCAAUCACAUCACAACGAUGAGACCAAAGGCUCCUCCAAAUGCGUCUAUCCACAGAUUUGAAGGACACACCUGGUAUAUUCGUCAUAGUCUACCAUAUCCCAGGUUUCAUUGUGGGGUGUACGGGUGAUUUUCGUUCUUGUAAUAAUGGUGGGCGGAGUUGGAGAAGAGUAGUUUCAAAUUGCAGUACAAUACAAUCUGGUGGUACAAAAAUUAUAAGCUUAAAACAGUUGUGUUUUUAUGUAGCUCAUCACCAGUGUGUGAAUGUUUAUGUGAGUGGGUGAAACACCUUGAGGGGUUGUAGAACCCUAGAAGGCGCUACGUGCCAUUUACCAUUGAAUGAUUUUUAUUUUUGGUUUUAUUUAAUAGCUGCUGUCUAGUUCCUUGAGAAAAAAUAAUAAUGAAACUCUAAAAUGUUAGCUCCAUUUUCUCUCUAACCUCUGAUUAGCGCGGUUGCUAGCUUACAGAACUUACAGAAUUAGCGUAACUUCUCAGUGGCCUAGUGGUAUGAGCGUCCACCCUGGGACUGAGAGAUCAGAGUUCAAAAUGCUUUCCCGCUUGACACUCAGCUUUAAGGGGUUGGAUUGGGGGGCCGCUGCUGCAGCUCACCGCUGCUCCCCAUGGGGAUAGGUCAAAUGCGGUGAUGUAAAUUCUUUCACCAUUGUGUGAUGAUGACUAAUGGGACUUCGACUACAUCGAGGUAAGGGUGGGAAUAAACCUGAAGGCUAGACUGCCCAAAUUCACAGCUGCUCACUUCCAGUCUUUAUGGUUAAGGAAGAAUCCGGCCUAUACAACUACCAGGUAGCCUGAGUCCUUCAAGGGACACUGCCCUUUAAUUAUGAAACAGCCUUAGAGUGCAGAAUAUCCACAUUAAUUGUUGUUAAUCUCCGUGUGCCAUUGUACUGCACUAAAAAUUAUCAAAACCGUUUUAUUUCAGUUUAUUUUCAUAAGCCCAUAUGGUGCAGAUUUCCUUCUUUAAACAUGAUUAUUUUCUGUUGCUACUGUAGCAAUGCAGUUUGUUUAAUUGCUGUUUUACCCCAGGUUUUCUGACACUGUAAACUUUUACCUAAUCAGUAUAAAUGACAGUAAGAUGGAAAUGUUAUUUGUGGAAUGCUUAUCCUUUUACUUGUCGUUCAAGCCUCUUUUUUUUCUCUCUUCAAUGAAUGUGGAAAAAACUAUGUAUUUGUCCCUUUUAACUCAGGCUGAAUCAUGGCUUAGUUGUGCAAUGUUGCUGUUUUAGGAAGGUGUGCCCCCAGGGUGGUGUCAUGGCUCCCUAAGAUUUGGCGUUGAGACCUGAAUAUUCAUUUAUUCUCAUCAAUCCAACUGUUUUGUUCUGUAUUGUGAAUGUCUUUGCUGUUACUGGACUUUUCUACCUUACACAGUUGGAAAUGGGAGGGUUUUUCUGUAGCAAAGCGGGAUGGGAGGCUCUGUUUAUACGUGACUGUUGUGCUACCUUCAACUUCUCUGUGAAUGUGAGAUGGUUGUUUUAUAAAAACAAAAAUGGUAGACAUGAAGAAGUAUUUUUAAUGUUGUACAACUGACUUUGCAAGAAAGGAAGGGGGAAAAACUAUGUUUACCUUUAGUGUUUCUCAUCCGGACAAAAAAAAAAAGAAAAUAAAUAUGUAACAAUCGA